AAAACAAUUUAUUUAUUUUUGUUAGGAUAUACAUAUACUUAUAUACUUUAUAUCCUACUGUAUUACAACAACCAGUGGUUCCAAUGCAGAAGUUCCUUCUACUGGAUGCCAUUUUCAAACAAGGGUGGGAUGAAUAACAGCUAUUCCAGCGUUGUUUUAGAAUGUCACCUAAGACCAGGGGCGGACUGGCCAUUUGGAAACUCGGGCACUGCCGGAGGGCCGGGGUCAGUAGGGGGCCCUAUGAGUGGCUUUUUCAUAGGCUUUUUUGGGUGUGGGCGAAAACACAGGGGCCCCAUGAUCCCCUAUUGCCCUGGGGCCCCAUGA